UGUAGCGUCACAACUCACACAACACAGCACACGCCUCCUUCCUUCCUUCCUUCAUUCCCUCCUUCCCUCCCUAUCCGCUCUGUCACUCCCCACCGUUCUCUGUCGGCCUCUUCUCUUCUCUGCUCUGCUCACUUCCUUUUUCUAUAUUAAUAUAUAUCCCCCUCUCUCUGUCUCUCUGUCUAAAGUGUAAUUGCCGCCUUUCAAAUUCCAAUACGCUAAGUCUGAGGCCAUAGCAGGCAGCUGUUACCUGCUUCUCUGUUCUCCACAUCCAAAUCGAAUUUAAUUCCAGUAGGGGAAGCUAAGGUAUCUGGUGUUCGGCUGCUGCCUUCUCUUUCGCCGCUUCUGCUGUUUUUAUUUGGAGUAACCAACGAGUUUUUAUCUGGGGAGUUGUAACGAAUUGUGUCUCGUUCGAAAUUUCAUGACAUAGCUGAAGUUUAUAAACCAUGCCAGCGUGAUGUGGUCAAAACUGAACUGAAACAUCAGUGCUGAACGGUUGUUGAAAAGCUUUUGGGCCAAAGGAUGAUUGUUUCCAUGCCGUAUACAGGAGGAGUCAGAUUUUACUGGGUUAAUUGAACUUACAAGAACUGAGCUUAACCACAGUGUAAUCUUCUAUAUAUCAUAUGGAUCGACAGGACACUUCAGGAUUUGUAAGUGGGGGUGCUUUGUUCUCUUGUAGACGCAUCUAACCCAUAACUUUGUAUAUAUACAUAUCUUUUACCCGGAAGUCAGGAGGCUGUUCUUUUCAAAUUCAUAGAUAGAAUUGGAUAUUGUUUCUACAAUUAUUUCAUGGAUGCAAGGUUCCAGAACUUGGGAUUUGCUGCAAAUCAUUCUGCCAAUGCAUUCAAGAUUUUGAGUAAUUCUAUGCAAGUUGAACGAAGUGGAGCUGAUUAUUGUGGUACAGAUACCAUUUUACGACUCGAUUCCCCAGGUUCUUCAAUUCCUUCCUGCAUGCACUCCUGUAAGGGAACUAAACGGAAGUGGGAUCUGAUUGAUGGAAGCAUGGGUCAGAGAGCUGGCUCUUCUUUGUCUCUUGGGCUUGGCCGUUCAACAAGUUCCUCAGACAGCAAGGGGAGCUCAACCAUUGCUUGCACUGCUAUAUCUUCAGCCAAAGAUAUUGACGAAGAAUCAUCUAUGGAUCUUGACUUGGACUUCUCUCUUCAUCUUGGAUGUGAGAAAGUACAGAGCCCAAACAAACUUGUUAGUUCAAAUUUGAAGACAAUGGAGCUGCAGCCCAAGUUUGAUUUGGAGUUGAGUCUUUUGACUGGGCCCUGUGAAUCGGAUAUUACAAGUGUUCAUCUAAGUCCAACACCUCCUCAGUUGAACAUGGAGAUGCCUUUGGUGUUCACUGGGACACAAAAUACAGAAGAGGGAUCAUCAUCAUGUAACUGGAAGCCCGGGCUUGUUUUCCCAUCAUCAAAUACCUCUUUAGAUAGAGACACUGGUUUCCUUUUAAAACCAAAUGCUAAGCAGUUUGAUCAUAGUCCCAUUGUUCAGGACCUCUCAUCGAGCAGACCAAAAAGUUCAGUCACUUGUACUUCCGGGCUAUCACAGCAUCAUCAACCAGUACAUCGCUCCAACAAUACAAAGAUAUGUCAAGUUGAGGGAUGUGGAAAGGGAGCCAGAGGUGCUUCUGGCCGAUGUAUAUCCCAUGGAGGUGGUAGGAGGUGCCAGAAACCUGGGUGCCACAAAGGAGCUGAGGGUCGUACUGUGUACUGCAAGGCCCAUGGAGGUGGCAGGCGAUGUGAAUACCUUGGUUGCACAAAGAGUGCAGAAGGGCGUACAGAUUUCUGCAUUGCCCAUGGUGGUGGCCGAAGAUGCAGUCACGAAGGUUGUACCCGAGCUGCCAGGGGGAAAUCUGGAUUAUGUAUUCGUCAUGGGGGUGGCAAGAGAUGCCAGAGAGAAAAUUGUACCAAGAGUGCAGAAGGCCUGUCAGGUCUCUGCAUCUCACAUGGGGGAGGUCGUCGAUGCCAAGCUGUUGGAUGCACAAAAGGGGCCCAGGGGAGCACAAUGUUCUGCAAAGCACAUGGUGGGGGUAAACGGUGUACGGCCCCCGGGUGCACCAAGGGUGCUGAGGGAAGCACCCCCUUUUGUAAGGGCCAUGGUGGAGGAAAACGCUGUACAUACCAAGGUGGUGGAGUUUGCAGUAAAAGCGUGCAUGGAGGGACCAACUUCUGUGUGGCACAUGGCGGUGGAAAGAGGUGUGCUAUUCCUGGUUGUACAAAGAGCGCAAGAGGACGGACUGAUCAUUGUGUCCGCCAUGGCGGUGGGAAGAGAUGCAAGUUUGAAGGGUGCGGAAAGAGUGCACAAGGAAGCACCGACUUUUGCAAGGCACAUGGGGGUGGCAAGAGAUGCUCUUGGGGCCAUCCUGGGUCAGAAUUUGGCAUCCAACCAGAUGGUCCUUGUAAUUCAUUUGCCAGGGGGAAAACUGGUCUGUGUGCACUUCAUAGUGGACAAGUGCAUGAUAAGAGGGUUCAUGGUGGUGUCUCUCUGGGAUCAACUGUUCAGGAUCCUCAUUCUAGUAAUCCGGAUGAACUAAAGCAGGUACUCCUUGCCAAAGACAUGGAUAUGGGUAUGAUGAAAGUCACAAGCAGCCUUGGCAAUGCUGCUCCGGGGACUUACUCUGAUAUUAAACAAUAUGAAGCUGCAAGCUCUAAUGUCUCUGCCGAGGAAGGCAGUCACAUGCCAUCACUCACUGUUCCUGAAGGUAGGGUGCAUGGUGGAAGUCUGAUGGCAAUGCUAUCAGGGAGUUCUGUUCGUGGCUCAAGCAGUGGGAAAGGCGUUGCCAAUGAUCCAUCCGAAGCUGUUAAAGGCUACAUCAUGCCCAGGAGUUGGAUUUAAGGCUAGUCAUCGUUUCCGUUUCAUGGUUCCAUAAUUGGCAUAUUUAUUAUCUACAUGUUUCAUGGUUACUCCCUUUGAUGUCGGAUUGUUGGCGAUUGGGUUUACUCUCUAAUGAAGAGAUUACGCUAGUCGUUUGAUAAACAAUCUUAUGGAGGGGCUUAUAUCAAGGUAGGACUGUGUACUUUUGAUUAGGUAGUGCGUGUUGCUCUUCCUCUUCUCCUUGUUCAUGUGUCUGUAAAUAUUACAUCUGAUAAAACGUCUAGCAGGUUUGGAAUGCUGGUUGCUACCUAUAAGGUCUUUCAGUGUGCCAUUGUAUUAUUUCUAUUCAUAAUAAAGCUAGUUCGUAUGUUGUGUUAUUUUAUA